AUGCAAGAAUUCCCCUCUCACACCUCUCCCUUCCUUUGGCCACAACCCCUCCACCCGAAGCGACCAGCCAUCAGCGAAUUUUCGCUCACCGAAAGCCACAAUGAUACCCAAACACCCUCUUCCAUAUCACAAAUCCGCGAACAAUGCCCCAGCGGUAGUAAUCUCCAUAACCACCGCACCCACAGCCAUUUAAGUGAUGACAGUCAAGCGCAAACAACCAAUUUUCCCGCCUCCAUCAUCUCGCCCUCCUUCACCCCUCCCACCACACCACACAGUCUCACGAAUGCGUAUCUAUCCACCCAAACGUCUUCGUUGACGACAGAAUUAAGAGGCCGCUUGAUAAAUGCCAACCCUCCUAAGUUACUUUCGCGGCUUCCCAAUGUCGAGUGUGUCGUGCGAGCGCGCAUCCCCACAACGACGGGCGCGGAAAUGUUCCUCCAUCUCUACCACAAUGAUGCGGAUGAUAAGGAGCAUUUGGCUAUUGUGUUUGGUAACUCGAUUCGAAGUCGAAGCUUGGAUCGUGUGAGGCCUGGGGAGACAGAGAUGGAUCGCAUGAUUCGCGGGGCGUAUGUAGGGAGAUUAUGGCCCGGGAGACAGAAUAGUUGGUUCGAUGGGGCUCCUUCUGACGGGAAAAGAGUGGAGGAAACCCAGGGGGGUUCUCACGAGGGCUCUUUGAAUGGUACGAAUGCUGGGAAGACAGUGGGAGAUUGGGUGUUGCAGAGCAAACAAACUGCAGAGUCGAGAGAGCGGAUGCAAUCGCAGCUACCAGGACAAUCCCCUCUCGUGAGAAUACAUUCGGAAUGUUAUACUGGUGAAACGGCAUGGUCAGCAAGGUGCGAUUGUGGAGAACAAUUAGAUGAGGCAGCAAGAUUAAUGUCCGAGGCCGCGGCUUCCCAUGAGCAGCACCCCGGCGGUGUGAUUAUUUACCUACGUCAAGAGGGACGUGGAAUUGGCCUAGGCGAAAAGCUGAAGGCAUACAAUUUGCAAGAUCUGGGGAAUGAUACAGUCGAGGCCAAUCUUAUACUUCGACAUCCCGCAGAUGCUCGCAGUUAUGGUCUGGCAACUGCCAUGCUCGUAGAUCUAGGGCUUGGUGCGAACUCUGCGCAAAAUGGAGGGAUACGGCUGUUGACAAAUAAUCCUGAUAAAGUCAUGGCUGUCGAAGGUCCUAAUCGGGAGGUUAUUGUGAAGGAGAGGGUUCCCAUGAUCCCGCUGGCAUGGCGGACUGGGGGGCGGAAGGGGAUCCGGAGUACAGAGAUUGAGGAAUAUCUAAGGACUAAGAUCGGGAGAAUGGGACAUAUGAUCGAAUAA